AUGGAGCCCAUUCGAAUCCUUCUUGUUGGAAAUGGUGGUCGAGAACAUACUUUGGCUUGGAAACUCAGCCAAUCUCCCCUCGUCGAGUCCAUACUCGCAGUCCCAGGAAAUGGGGGAACCGCAAAUUGCCCAAAAGUUUCCAAUGAUUCCAGUGUCAAAGCAGAUGACUACCCUGGACUUGUUGCAUUGGCCCAGAAACAUAAUGUCAAUUUGGUCGUACCAGGACCAGAGGCACCCCUCGUUGACGGAAUCGAGGGCUAUUUCCGUGCAGUAGGAAUACCUUGUUAUGGACCCUCGAAAGCUGCUGCUCGUUUGGAAGGAAGCAAAGCAUUUUCGAAAGACUUCAUGAAGAAAUAUAACAUUCCCACUGCGGCUUACGAAAACUUUACCAAUUACGAAGAUGCGCGCAAAUACAUUGAUAGCAUAAGUCAUAAUGUUGUCAUUAAGGCCAGUGGACUGGCAGCUGGAAAGGGUGUUAUCAUUCCAACUUCGGCGGAAGAAGCUCACCAGGCUUUGAAGGAUAUCAUGCUUGAUAGAGAAUUCGGGGAUGCUGGAGAUGAGGUUGUCAUUGAGGAAUUUCUGGAGGGCGAUGAACUCAGCAUUCUCACUUUCUGCGAUGGCUAUACUAUGCGGUCUUUACCUCCUGCUCAAGAUCACAAGAGAAUAUUCGAUGGCGAUCUGGGUCCAAAUACUGGAGGCAUGGGCUGCUAUGCGCCCACCAACAUCGCUACCAAGGAAUUGAUCGAGGAAAUCGAAAGGACCGUAUUGGAGCCUACGCUUAACGGUAUGAUCCAGGAACGUACACCAUUCAUUGGAACUCUUUUCACUGGAUUAAUGAUAACUAAGGAUGGACCAAAAGCUUUGGAGUACAACGUUCGCUUCGGUGAUCCAGAAACACAAACUUUGUUACCAUUAUUGAGUGCAGACACGGAUCUUGCAGACAUUAUGCUCGCAUGUACUCAAGGAUGCCUUAAAGCUGUCGAGAUUAAGAUUGAUUCAAAAUUCAGUGCAACAGUUGUGGUAGCUGCUGGCGGAUACCCAGGUCCUUAUGCCAAAGGCACACCCAUGGAAGUCGACACCCCUCCAGCCGGUGCUAAUAUAUUCCACGCUGGCACUAUCGUGAAGGAUGGACAAUUACAAACAUCUGGUGGUCGUGUCAUCGCAGCACAAGCAGUAGCAGAAACCCUGGAGCAGGCUGUAAAAGAUGCUUAUACUACUGUCGAUCUCAUCAAAUUUGAUAAAAUGUUUUACCGCAAGGAUAUUGCUCAUCGGGCUUUCAGAUCUACACCUGCCACCAAGGAAGCACUUACAUACGCAUCCGCAGGUGUCAGCAUUGAUGCCGGUAAUGAGUUUGUCGAGCGUAUCAAGAAAGCGGUUGCUUCCACCCGAAGACCAGGAGCUGAUGCUGAGAUUGGUGGUUUCGGUGGAGAGGUCGAUCAACAUAUCGCUGGCUACUCAGGUGCUCCAAUCAUGGUCGGUGCUAUCGAUGGAGUCGGCACUAAACUCAUGAUUGCACAAUCUAUGGGGAAACAUGACACAGUCGGUAUUGAUUUGGUUGGUAUGAACGUGAACGAUUUGGUUGUUCAGGGUGCCGAACCACUUAUGUUCCUUGACUACUAUGGCUGCAGUCAAUUGAAGCUCGAGAACGCAGCAGCUUUUGUAGAAGGUGUUGCUGCCGGAUGUAAAGAAGCCAACUGUGCACUUGUCGGGGGUGAAACCGCCGAGAUGCCCGGUAUGUACCAAAAAGAUGAUUACGACGCUGCAGGUACCGCUAUCGGAGUUAUGGAGAAGGAAUACAGAUUACCCAAAACAGAGAUCAUGGCAGAAGGCGAUAUUCUUAUUGGCUUGGCAUCUGCGGGAGUUCAUUCCAACGGAUUUUCUCUCGUGCGAAGAAUUCUCGAGAGAGAAAAUCUCGCCUAUACAGCCACUGCUCCAUGGGAUCCUUCAACAACCGCCGGUCUAAGUCUUUUAACACCCACUCGCAUCUACGUCCGCUCUUUACUUAAAGUCACCAAGAAGCACCUGCUCAAAGGCUUGGCCCACAUCACUGGUGGUGGCUUGACUGAAAAUGUCCCUAGAAUGUUGCCGUCUCAUCUGGCUGCAGAGGUCGACGUCGCUACUUGGCAAUUACCUGCUGUGUUCAAAUGGUUGAAGAGCGCAGGUAACGUCACAGCUAGCGAGAUGGCUAGAACAUUCAAUACAGGUAUUGGAAUGGUAGCGGUAGUUAGCAAGGAGAAUGUGGAACAGGUCGUUAGAGAAUUGGAGGAGUCUGGUGAGAAAGUCUACACUAUUGGAAGACUGGUGAAGAGAUCAGGUGAAGGUUGUGAGUUAAAGAACCUGAACUCUUGGGAUCAACUCUAG